AUGAUGGAUCUAAAGGACAACACAAAGAUGUUAAUCACUGGCCGCGUUCUCUUGGAUUCCCAAUUUCCUAAUGUUAGAGUCGCAACAAUUAAGGACACUUCUCAACCUGUAACCAUGCAGAAUAUCAACGUACAAUUUUUGGAACCUGGCAUCAUUCUUGGCAUGGACACCUCCUUAGAAGUCCUCAGUCAAUUCACUUCUACAUUGGUCAACAACAAUCAGCUUCGAGUAGUACAGACUCGUAUUGGAACAAUUGUUUGCGGACCAGGAAUCAUUCGACAACCCGACAACGAAGAAAUCGGCGAUAACAGUGACAUAUUGCUUGCUACUCCAGGAUGCAACUCUGUCAAAUGUACUCUGACCUUUCCAAUCGGCAAUCAUCUUGCAAGCCCUGAGGGAUCCUGA